CUGCCUCCCGGGGCCGCCGGCGAGAUAGUGCCCGGCAGCGGGAUGGGGACAGACGGAUGGGGACACCUUCCAGGGCGGCUAAGUCUGUGGAGCGGCUUCGAGUGCCCCGAGAGCGCUGCAGGCAGCUUCACAGCCGGCAGGUGACUCCGUGCCCGGACGCCACAGCCCCGCCCCGCGAUCCCCGGCCGGAAGCGCGACUGCUCAAGCGGUUGCCGGGGAACAGGCGAGCCGGAAGUCCCGCCUGCCGAGCCGCGGCUGUUGUUGUGACAGGGACCGUGACAGCGACAGGCCCGGCACGAACCCCCGUCCCCCGCACACGGGCCUCGCUGCCUCUGGCUUCGCUCCCCGCCCGCCUGCACGAUGAAGUGGAUGUUCAAGGAGGACCACGCGCUGGAGCACAGAUGUGUCGAGUCCGCAAAAAUCCGAGCCAAAUACCCCGACCGUGUCCCGGUCAUAGUGGAGAAGGUCUCAGGAUCUCAGAUUGUUGAUAUUGACAAGAGGAAGUACUUAGUUCCGUCUGACAUCACCGUGGCCCAGUUCAUGUGGAUCAUCAGGAAGAGGAUUCAACUGCCAUCUGAGAAGGCAAUAUUCCUCUUUGUAGACAAGACUGUCCCACAAUCCAGCUUAACUAUGGGACAACUUUAUGAGAAGGAAAAGGAUGAGGAUGGAUUCUUGUAUGUUGCCUACAGUGGAGAGAACACAUUUGGUUUCUGAAUGGCAAAGAGGCAAGCCCUUGGAUUGUGUGGGAGAGGGUGGAAAAACCAGCUGACCUAACUGCACAGUGCUGCAGUUCACACUCUGAUAUUAAAGGCUAACGCUGGGCUGAAGAAGUAGCAUCACUUUGAUCUUCCUAAGCCAGCAAGGAAACACUAAAUACAGUUUAGAUUCCUAUUAAAAGUUUUUAUUCAUUUACACACUGUGUGGUGCCUGAGAAUCUAGUUUUUAAAAUGCUUCCAGUUACAGUGGAAAUUUACCACUUUCCAAACUUAAAUCAAAUUCAUACUAACUUAAAUCCCCAUGAAGAUACAUUCUGCCUAUAAUUGUUUAGCUCUGCAGUCAUUCACAAAUACUGGCAGAAGGACUGCAAAAUAUGAACGUGGGAGCUUGUGAAAUGUUGACACUACCCUAUUACUGAGGCUUGCCACAAUAAAUGUGAUGCAUGUGCUUAACACAUCUGAAAAUGUGCUGUUGAUCUCGGUAAGCCUUUCAUUAUUCAGAACAGUGCUGCAUUGUAAACCACUGCUUUAGGAAACAUUCUGUCAGUUCUCCCAUCCUGAAUUACUUCUAACUUCCUUUUCACGCAUUAAUGUGAAAAUUUUUGAUGUGAGAAUGUAAGGAUAAAUAUUCUACAGCAAUAACUUCACUUUUCAUCUGCAGGUACACUUGCAAUAAAACAUCAAGAGGUUUCCUUUUGAAAUGCAUAGCCGAUAUGCAUCCCUUUAUAUAGUACACUCUUGUAAAAUUAUAUAAAGCAUUUGAUCCCAUAUAAUCUUCAUUUUCUGUUAACCCUACAAUUUAUGCACUGAACAAAAAACAAAGAAAUACCUCACUGUUCCUCUAUGUCAACACCUCUGUCGCUUAUCUUUACACUAAAUUUAAAUAUAAUUUCCAAUAUAACUAAACCAGUACUGGAUGAAUUUAGUAUUCAGUAAAUAUUUAGAAUUCAGGCCAAAUCUGGAGCAUUUAGAUAGUCUUUCCUCAAAAAUUAUCUUGCUUUUACAUGUAUAUAUGUUAUUUGUAUCUAUUAUGUACCUAUCAUUGCUGCAGCCCUCUUAUGACAUUAUCAGAUAGUCUGAGAGAAAACUCCAACAACUUUCCUCCUUGCCAUCAGAAUUCUCCUGCCCUCAGCAGCACAACCCUAGCUCUUUCUUUCCUCUAGUGCUUAACUGAUUUAUUGCAGAGGUCUUUUAACUCCUAGUGAAAGGCUACAACUUGUUUUUGCUCAUGGCUUGUUUUUCUACAAAUACAGUAAUUUCAGUAGUCUUCAAUUUACUCAGAAUGCACUGAGAUCAGUAAAGCCUCACAGCCUGUGUUAAGGCGAGCAGUGGAAGCACACUGUAAAGAUCAAAAACCCUUGCUUUUCCAAAGACAGUGGGAAGCUAGCAUCUGGUCUCAUGGAACUGCAGCCUCAAGGUCAAACAGAUUGAUAACUCUUACCCUUGGACAAAGCCACUUGUUUCUGUGCUCCGGUUUUGACUUCCUUAUAGAUAAGCAGGCAAUCUGUCCUGCCUUUUUACUAUGAUGAAAACAGGCUGAUGUCUCUAAUAGUGACCCUGUUAAAGACAUCCCACUCAAUGAUUACAGUUUCUUUGUCCUGGCAAUUAGGAGCCACUGGUCCCCAAACAUGUUUAGCAAAGGCAAGGACCUAGCUGGCUAAUACAGAUAUGCUCAUUUUACACAUACAGUGGGAAUCUUGGUGCCCUCCUACUCCUAUGCUCUGCUGCUCCCACUUCCAGCUGGUUGCUUGUCCUCAUGAACUGUGCACUGUGGGCACUUCAUGCUGGCUACUUCACUCCUUGCUAAUUCUGCUCUCCCGUGGCAGAGCCUCUACAUUCUACUGUCCUCGCCAUGCCUUGCCUAUCUUUGUUUUUCGGGGUGUCAGCUAUCCCAGCGCACAGGAGUGAUACAGGCUUGGAACAUGUCAAUUGUUACUUUCCAGGAGCAAUUCUUCCAAAGACUUGCUGACAAUGAUCCAAAUUUAGGUUGCUACCUUUUACAAAAGCAGAGACUGGUCUUUCCUAUAUCUUCAUUUUUCCCUUCUGAUUUUUAAAGCAGUUUCAUGGUACUGCCAACAGCAUUUCCUGACAUUUUGGAAUGAAACAGAUGCAGCAUUUAAAUACUGAUUUUCCACCACAGAAAUACCAUCCAGUUGAGGAUGAGAUCCCACAGGCUUAGCCCCUCAGCCUUUUAAAUGCUGUUCUGUUUCAGCUCCUUCCCUCUCUUCGCAUAUUCACUGUCUUGCUCUAGGCUUAAACAUGUCCUCAACUCCAUCCAAAAAGUGAGGUUAGUAUCAGUGUUCAGCACCUCAAAAACUACUUUUAAACCUGAGAAGUAACAGAAAAGCAGUAGUCUACAGUUCACAAGUAUUUUAGAAAUGCACAAAAAUUCUUACAAGGAACAAUCCUAACAGCUAGGCUCAAAUUUUAGAAAAGAGUUAAAAGAAUUUAAACUGUGUAACUGCUUAUCUGAAAACUCUGAUGAAAGUCUACAGAACUAGUCUUACAUAACCCAUUUUAAUAUUGCAGCUGGAUAGGAAAAGGGAACAUUCCAGUCUGGUCAGCAGGUUCACUGCAGACAUUGUUGAUUAACUAUGUGAAACUAGGUAUGGGAAAUUAAUCGUUUCUGCAAGAUUUCAGUGAAGAACAAAGGUAAAUUUCAGGAACCUGGAAAUCUACCGAUAGCUCUUUAGGUACAUUAUAGAACUCUGCCCUUGGAAUGGUGCUUGCUCAAUUACCAUUUAUCUUCAGCAGUUCACCAUGCAGUGCAUGUGCAAUGGCAUCUGGCCAUUUUUUAUCCUCUGAUGACUACUCAAGUCCCUAAUCUCCCUAAUCCCUUGCCCUCUACAAAUACAUAAAAUUACUUCCCCCUCACCAGUACAACUGGUCUUUCUGCAUGUUAGUGCUGGAUUUGAGCGAAUGGGAAUAUCUGCACAGAAUUCAAGCUGUUAUUUCUUCAGCAAGAGAACUACUCUUACUUGACAAGUAAACCUUAGUGUGAAGAAAAAAGGAUUUGUUGCUAUCAAUUCUCAGACUAUAAUGUUACCUGUACUGUUUGGUCCCAUAUGUAGCUCAGUAGGUUGACAGCAAAGGCUGUUUGGAGAACUGCUGUGCCCAUUUUUCAAAUCCAAAACUAUAGGAUACCAAAAAACAACAAAAAAUCAUAUCACUAAAGAAUUUUGAAGUUCUAAAUUAUCCACUUCUUUCAUCCUGACAUUGCCUUGUCCAAAUAUUUUAUGAAUUGUGGUUUACAAGAGAAAAACACAAAAAGGGGAAUGUGCUCAGUAGCAGUUACACAAUCCUGAAACUGCUCAUAAAAGGCAAUACCUGGGACAGAAGGUUUAAGGAAGAUUUCAAACUGCUUCCUCCACAACUGCUCACAAUGUUGACUGUCUUGCCAUGCAGAUGUUAGUUGGUAAUAAAGCAUAAUGACAAGGGACUG